CACAACUAGACCCACUACUAUGGCCUCUGGUACAACUAGACCUAGUACUCUGGCCUCUGGCUCAAAUAUACCCAGCGCUGUGGCCUCUGGCACAACUAGACCCACUACUGUGGCCUCUAGCACAACUAGACCCACUACUAUGGCCUCUGGCACAACUAUACCCACUACUGUGGCCUUUGGUACAACUAGACCCACUACUAUGGCCUCUGGUACAACUAGACCUAGUACUCUGGCCUCUGGCUCAAAUAUACCCAGCGCUGUGGCCUCUGGCACAACUAGACCCACUACUGUGGCCUCUAGCACAACUAGACCCACUACUAUGGCCUCUGGCACAACUAUACCCACUACUGUGGCCUUUGGUACAACUAGACCCACUACUAUGGCCUCUGGUACAACUAGACCUAGUACUCUGGCCUCUGGCUCAAAUAUACCCAGCGCUGUGGCCUCUGGCACAACUAGACCCACUACUGUGGCCUCUAGCACAACUAGACCCACUACUAUGGCCUCUGGCACAACUAUACCCACUACUGUGGCCUUUGGUACAACUAGACCCACUACUAUGGCCUCUGGUACAACUAGACCUAGUACUCUGGCCUCUGGCUCAAAUAUACCCAGCGCUGUGGCCUCUGGCACAACUAGACCCACUACUGUGGCCUCUAGCACAACUAGACCCACUACUAUGGCCUCUGGCACAACUAUACCUAGUACUCUGGCCUCUGGCUCAAAUAUACCCAGCGCUGUGGCCUCUGGCACAACUAGACCCACUACUGUGGCCUCUAGCACAACUAGACCCACUACUAUGGCCUCUGGCACAACUAUACCCACUACUGUGGCCUUUGGUACAACUAGACCCACUACUAUGGCCUCUGGUACAACUAGACCUAGUACUCUGGCCUCUGGCUCAAAUAUACCCAGCGCUGUGGCCUCUGGCACAACUAGACCCACUACUGUGGCCUCUAGCACAACUAGACCCACUACUAUGGCCUCUGGCACAACUAUACCCACUACUGUGGCCUUUGGUACAACUAGACCCACUACUAUGGCCUCUGGUACAACUAGACCUAGUACUCUGGCCUCUGGCUCAAAUAUACCCAGCGCUGUGGCCUCUGGCACAACUAGACCCACUACUGUGGCCUCUAGCACAACUAGACCCACUACUAUGGCCUCUGGCACAACUAUACCCACUACUGUGGCCUUUGGUACAACUAGACCCACUACUAUGGCCUCUGGUACAACUAGACCUAGUACUCUGGCCUCUGGCUCAAAUAUACCCAGCGCUGUGGCCUCUGGCACAACUAGACCCACUACUGUGGCCUCUAGCACAACUAGACCCACUACUAUGGCCUCUGGCACAACUAUACCCACUACUGUGGCCUUUGGUACAACUAGACCCACUACUAUGGCCUCUGGUACAACUAGACCUAGUACUCUGGCCUCUGGCUCAAAUAUACCCAGCGCUGUGGCCUCUGGCACAACUAGACCCACUACUGUGGCCUCUAGCACAACUAGACCCACUACUAUGGCCUCUGGCACAACUAUACCUAGUACUCUGGCCUCUGGCUCAAAUAUACCCAGCGCUGUGGCCUCUGGCACAACUAGACCCACUACUGUGGCCUCUAGCACAACUAGACCCACUACUAUGGCCUCUGGCACAACUAUACCCACUACUGUGGCCUUUGGUACAACUAGACCCACUACUAUGGCCUCUGGUACAACUAGACCUAGUACUCUGGCCUCUGGCUCAAAUAUACCCAGCGCUGUGGCCUCUGGCACAACUAGACCCACUACUGUGGCCUCUAGCACAACUAGACCCACUACUAUGGCCUCUCGCACAACUAUACCCACUACUGUGGGUAUAGUUUUGCCAGAAAGCUUCUGGCACAACUAGACCUAGCACUCUGGCCUCUAGCACAACAAGAACUCAAUCUACGCUGCCUUCUACAACCACGACAGUUCUCACCACAUUUUUAUCUUUAGUUACUAACUAGACCAACGACGGGUCCCGUAAUAACCAUUUCGGAACUUGCUGGAGAAGUAACUUUUAAGCCAAGCGAUAGAAACCCAGUUGAGCUGUCAGUGGAUUCAUUGUCAAACUCCAACAUGAUUUAAACGUACAGAAAAAAUCUCUCCAAUCCACAAAGAACACCAAAUGGAAAAAAAAUUAGAACAUCUGAAGAUGAGUCGGGUCACGAUCUACCAUGUGACGGUUGCUAGCAACGUGGUCUUGUGGUUCGAUCUUCCCUGGAGUCGAUUGUUCUUCAUUGUUUUACACGCGAAGAAACGUUUUUUUUU